AUGGAGACGGGCGGGCGCGGCGCGGCUGUCAGCGGCGGGCGCGCGGCCGCGGGGGGCUGCGGGAGGAAGGCGCGGGCCGCGGCCGGGACCCUCGCGGUAGAGAUGGACUUGCAUUGUGAUCGCGCCGCCGAGCCGCCGGCCGCCGAGCCGCCGUCGGGGAAGAUCAACAAGGCCGCCUUCAAACUGUUCAAGAAGAGGAAGCCGGGCGGCGCGAUGCCCAGCAUCUUCGGGGUCAAACACAAAGGGGACGGCAAGGGCGCGGGGCCGGCGGGGCUGGUGCGCAGCCGGACGCACGACGGGCUGGCCGAGGCUCUGGCGCUGGAGGGCGGCCGCCGCGAGGAGCCGCGCGCGGGCGGCGGGGACGGGGCGCGGCCGGGCCCCGCAGCCCCCCGGGCGGCCCCGGGAGGCGCGGGCCCGGCGGCCGGCGGCUCGGUGGCCAAGUCGCACAGCUUCUUCUCGCUCCUGCGGAAGAACGGGCGGCCCGAGAGCGGCGGGGCGGAGCAGGCCGACGCGGGCAAGGCCGGUGGCAGACAAAAGCGGGGGCUGCGGGGGCUCCUGGGCGGCGUGCGCUGGCGCAGGAAGGACCGGCGGCCCCAGGACGCGGCGCCGGCGGGGCGCGCGGGGGCUCCGGGCGGCCUGGCGCGGCCGGGCUCGCUCACCGCCAGCCUGGAGUGCGUCAAGGAGGAGGCGCCCGCGGCCGCGCGCCAGCCGGAGCCAGCAGGCUGCGGAGAUAUUAUCGCAGACCCCGAGGACGAGGCCGGGCCCGGCUGUGCCAAGCACGCCCCCGGGCCGGGCCAGCCGGGCCCCGCCACAAAGCCGCCGGGCGUGGUGGCCUACCAGGGAGGCGGGGAGGAGAUGGCGAGCCCGGCCGAGGCGGACGACUCGUACCUGCAGGAGUUCUGGGACAUGCUGUCCCAGACCGAGGACCAGGGAGAGGGGCCCCAGGGAGGAGCGGCCCCGGCGUCCGACGCGCAGGUGGCUCCCGAGACCCCCAAAGAAGCCAGAUGUGCGGAGGUGACCAAGGACGCAUCCUCGGUCAAGCGCCGGAGGCUUCACCAGGUCCCCAUGGAGCUCCCCGCGAAGGAAGAACCCAAGCAUCAGGACAAGGAGCCGCAGGAAGGCGUCCCCAGCAGCGACGAGGGCUACUGGGACUCCCCCACCCCCAGGCCGGAGGAGGACGGCGGCGCGAGGAAGACGGGCCUCCCCCGGGACAGCGACAGCGGCGACGCGCUCCACGAGCUGUGCGCCGCCGAGCCGGAUCGAAGCCCCGCGGCCCUGCCCGCGGCCCCCACUGCCAGCGAGGAGACAUCCUGCUCGUCCCGGUUAAAGCCCGUGUCUCCGGUCACCAUCACCUGCCCCCUGCGAACGCCGGGGAGCCUGCUGAAGGACUCCAAGAUCCCGGUCAGCAUCAAGCAUCUGGCGAACCUUCCAUCCAGCCACCCGGUGGUUCACCAGCCACCAGCCAGGAGCGAGCUGCCCAGAACCAAAAUCCCGGUGUCCAAGGUGCUGGUCCGCCGGGUCAGCAGCCGGGGCUUGGCUGGGACCACCCUCCGGGCCGCGGCAUGCCAUGAUAGUGCCAAAAAGUUGUGAGGUCUCCGAGGCCGAGGUGGAGGGGCCGCAUGUUGAGGAAUACAACUUUGUCUGGAAACUGCUAAGACAAACGUUCCAUCCCCAGAGAAAGGCCUUGCCGACAGUCCCCACUCGGAGCCUGGACCCAGGAGCUCUGCCCCCAG